GCCAUGGGGACGUGCUAGCUGUAAUGGACGGGCACGGCGCUGCUGGAGCUCUGGUGAGCCAGUUCGUGGCGGAGACCCUCAAGGACAAGUUGCUGAAGGUGCUGCAAGAGGCUGGGCCCGUGCGGCAGGACGAGACUCUGACGGAGAAAGAGCGGAGAACGCUCAAGGAGAAAAUAGCUGCAGCGUUCAAGGAGACAGAUGUGGAGCUGAAAGCGGCGCUGGGAGAAUUUGUUCGUCUGGAUUUCGAUGGAUCAACAGCUUGCGUCGUCAUCCGUCGGGGCCGAUCGCUCAUCACGGCGUCGUUGGGCGACAGCUCGUCGGUGCUGGGAGGGAGGAGAGGAGAAGUCCUGAAGCUCUCCCGCGAGCACGUGCCCGCCGACGACGAGGAGAGGAGCAGGAUCGAGCGAGCAGGAGGCAUGGUAGCUGCGUUCCCGGACGAGCCUCCACCAGAGGUGACGGGAAAGGGGCGAGUGUUCGUAGCAGGAGAGAUGUAUCCUGGACUCGCAGUCUCCCGCGCGUUCGGCGAUCUGGUGGCAAAGACAGUAGGAGUGACAGCCGACGCGGAAGUCACGUUCACAGACGUUGAGGACAAGCAUGCGGUUGUCAUCAUCGCGUCUGAUGGCGUCUGGGAUGUGACGACCAGCGAGGAGGCGGUGGCGAUUUGUCUGUCCUACCUCGACAAGAAGGAUGCAGUUUUAGCGGCAGCAGAGUUGGUGGAAGGCGCGAGAGCACAGUGGGAAAAUUUCCAGGCUGAGGCGAUCGAGCAAGGGUCGUUGCGUUUUUGUGACGUUGCGAAAUCAUGA